GACUGGCAAUUGUUAAACACAGCUUAUUUUAUAUAGUAGCAAGUUACUAACUAAAGAAUGAAGCAGAAAGAAUUGCCAUUUCUUUGUGUAUGCCAGCUGUGUUCAGACACACACAUUUAUUCAAGCACUUCCUCAAGCUAUGAGUGUUGCAGACUACAAAUUUCAGAUCUUGUUUUUCAGAGUUGAAUUUUAAACUGCAUUCCUGGGGUAAAAAGGAAGAGGUAAAAUUGAGUCCCACUCAACCUUGUCCUGUAUUAAAACACUCCUAAUUAAAAUGCCAUAGGUACAUAAAGUCUCACAGUUACUAUUUGUAUGCAGGCCACUUGAAAAACUCCCCCAGUGCUGUUUGCUGAAACUUUUUAUGGAUUUGUUGAAUGAAUUUAUUCUCUUGUAUUAACACCAGGUAGACUAAAAAAUACCUUCAUCUUAAAAAUUUUUGAUUCACAAGCAGGAAAGUUAAAGGGAGCCUUAUUGCUUUUAAUUCCAGCCUGCCCUUGCUGUAGCUUUAUUUUUCUUCUAGGAACAACUUUCUGCUACACUUUUUCCAGUUACUGUACAAACAGGUACUUUUACCUGGAAAAUGACUUUCCUAUCUCCUUUUUGCACCAAAGGGUGGAAAAAAGGUUUCUGUGGUAAUGGAACUAAACCUACGAAACUGGAACAGCCAAACUUGUAAACUCAAGCCAAUAGAAGACAGCUCUUAAUAGCACAAGGCCACAAGGAACUAAACAUAGCCUUGCUGUUCCCAUGUGUGGCUGCCCCUGUGUCAUUGCUUCCCUCCUGCAGAAGGUGGGGACACAGCCAGCUUUGUUUACAGAAUCACAGCUCAGCCUCAAAUAACUGCGGGCAGGAAACUGCCCCUGCCUCUGGGGCUUGUAAACUGAACUGCAGACUCUGUGUGUGCUUCAAGGCACCCAGAGAAUGUUUCAGCUCCUUCUGAAAAACUGUUUAUGAAAGUUCCAUUAUCUGUGUAAUAGUCCUUGAACAUGAAUCAAAUGUGCAAACUUGAGAAAAAUCAAUGAACCAAUAGCGAGUAGAAGUGGUGUACACUCUAAAACCAAAGUUACUGCUCAGAAAGCCAAAUCUCUGGAAUGGGAAACACUCAUAAAAAUACACCUGGCAACUGCAGCUACAGCCCCACCCCACCCCAGUAACUCAGUACAAAAUCUUUGAUAAAUUUCAGGAGAGUCUACAAGGGGGGAAAAAAAACUCCUUUUAAGGAAGCAUUUCAUGUCAAGUUGUACAUGCCCAUUCCAUUCCCUUGGACAAAGGAAGCACAAGCUGCAUACAUGGUUCUUUUCCUUUCCCUGUUCUGAGCUUCUGCACCAGUUGUUAGCCAAAAAUAAACCCCAUUCCUCAACCAUAUAUGUGCAACAGCCUCCUGGUGAGUGUGAGCCCCCUCCAGCACUGCUGUUUCUCCAUGAGGCCAAGAGACUGCCACUGCUGCCGGGCAAUGCACAUAACCCAGCUCAACCGGGAAUGCCUUUUACAUCUCUUCUCCUUUCUGGACAAAAACAGUAGGAAAAACCUAGCAAAAACAUGUCACAAGUUGCUAGAAGUGUUUCAAGAUCCUUUACUGUGGUCUUUAUUGAACUUUCAUUCUCCAGUGGAACUAAAGAAGGAUAAUUUUCUCCUGGGACCUGCUUUAAAACACUUAUCCAUCUGCUGGUAUUCAGAGAGAGUCAAGGUGUGUAACAUUGAGGACUGGAUGAAAAACAGUUUCCAGAAAGACUUCUGUAAGAGGCAUGAGAACACUGUCAGUGAUUUUUUACUAGACGUUUGCAACAGAUGUCCAAAUCUGCUGUCUCUGACCCUCUCUGGAUGUGGCCAUGUUACAGAUGACUGCAUUUUGCAGCUUCUCAAGAACUGCCCACACCUGAAGAGCCUCAAACUGGAGAACUGUGUGCGGAUCACUGACCACACCCUGCAGGCAGUGACCCUCCACGGGGCAUCACUGCGAACACUCCACGUGGAUUUCUGCCGCAACGUAACACAAGCUGGGCUAGAGAGAGUCAGGGAAAAGUGUCCUUCGAUAAUGCUGAGAGCAGAGAAAAGUGCUAACAUGAUCCCAGACAGUAAGCCAGAAAAAAAGCUGAUGCUUCAAAAAGCAUCAAGAAAAUUGGUUCAGCUUUAAAUGCAGCAAAAUAAUCAGUGUGGGUAUUUUACCUGAGAUAGCAAUGAACUGUGGCUACUUCCAUGGGUUCUGGUCAAGUCCAAACAAAUGGUUGUUUUGUAAAGCGUCUGCUGGGAAAAGGCAUGCAUCUCCCCCUGGAUGGGCUUCAGGAAAAAAACAUUUGCUCUCUGUUCUUUGAAACUGGAAAACCCUGCAUUGCUGACACAAAAUGUCAGACCUGCUGAAAACUGCAUUGCUGGUACCCUCCUGCUGCAGAUGCACCUCAGAAGAGGGAAACAGCAGUGUGUUUAUUGAAGCCAAAUAAUUUGAUGGAGUCCAUACAUUUUAUGAACUUUUAAGAAAGUUUAACAGUAGUUUGACAUGGUGCAGUAAGCUUGAUGGCAAGGUUCACUGACUGCAUGGAAGAAACACAGAGUGAACUGAGGCAAAGUGAGUCACACAGGGACCUGAGAAGCCAAACAUUAAGAGCCUCCCACUGGAUCACAAGGUUCAGACUGGACCCUGCAGUUUCAAAACUCCUUAUAUAAUGGGCAAGGGCAUAAAGCCACAGCAGAGAGAGCCUGAGUCACUGUAGGAUAUUUACACAUUUCGGGGCAAGAAUGAUUAACAAACUUCAGUUAAAGGAUAUAUCCAGUCAGUCAUUCCAUCCACUAAGGAGGAGAACCACUCCCUGAAAGAUCUCCCUAGCAAAAGCAGAGUACUGACCACCAGCACUUCCUCAGUGAUUAACAGUGGCAGCUAAUUUACCUUUUUUUUUUUAUUUAACGAGUAAAGCAUGGAUUCAAGGCACACAAAACAGUUUGAUCCUCUUCAUGAUGUACUUACAUAAUAUAAGAUGCACCAAGUUAUUUUUUUAAAGCUGAUGUUAAAGGCAGUGCAAUAUGAACAAGUGGUAGUUCAGAGAACUAACCCACAAGAAAAGACAGUGACUAAGAGCCUGUAGCUAAAUUAGGAACACACUGCAGACCAGCUCUAUAUAAACACCCACUUCUCACUGCAAAGUACAAAACCAGUAGCUAUUUUCAUCCCAAAGCACAAGGCUGUCCCUUUCCUGCAGACUGCUCUGCUACCUGGAAUCAAACUUUUUUUUUUACAUGCUUUUGAUGCUAUGCCACCAUCUACAAAAUCUGAGACCAAAGAGGACUCCACAGGUCUCAACAUAACUAAAUACACUUCUCCUUCAGAUCCUGGUUAAUUGAUCCACAGAUAUCUUUGGUACUCUCUGAUUUGGCUGAGCUAAGAAAUAAAUCACAGCAUUACAGCAACUUAGUCAAACAAUGCUCAGUUCCAGAGAAAUACUUGACCAGUAUGAGCAUCUGUAAGAAACACUCACCCAGGAAACCAAUGAUGAAAAUAAAUUAUUGCAUCUUCAUUACUUAGAGAUAUUUAACAGCAUGACACUGUAAAAUUGGUAUUUCAUUAACUCCUUCUUAAAGUUUAGUUAGGGCCCUUACACACCACAAGGGUAAGGAAGAAAACUGGAGUGGACAAGGAACAACAGCAGUCAUCACCCAGCACAAACAACUGCAAAAGGACAUUGCUGAGCUGAACUAAUUUACUGUGAUGUGGAAAUAGGGAAGCUGACACAACUCGUACCGUGGAUACACAACAGCAGUUCCACACACUGCUGACAAGCCAAAACCAGGUAUGAAUUUAUACAGUCACUGCAGCAAGCAAAGACCUCCUUGUGCCACCAGUUCUCCCAGCACUCUGUGGUGAAAGACACAUCUCUGUAGGAGUAACAGGAACGGAUUUUCAAGUAGCUACAAGAUAGGAAAGCACAUUUGCAUCUAUCUAGAUAUUACUCAAGUCUUUUUGUCAGUUUUCUACCCGGACUGGGGGGGGUUGGAUGUGGCAGAGUAUUUUGUGGGGUUUGUAGUUUGUUUUUAAAUUUUAUUUUAUAGAGCUAAAAAGAGUCUUCUCAAACAUUC